AUGGCACGGGCCCAUAUCUUCUUCUUCUGAAAGUUCAAAAAUCAAAUCUAUUAACCCCACCCAGCAAAUGUCUUCUUUGGUAACCCAAAGGCUUAGCCUUUUUUUUUUUUUUGUAUGUUUUUUCAGAGAUAAGGAAAAGGGUAGUUGGUUAAGUUGGUACCUUUUCCACAAAUGGAGGCUUUGUUGAAGAAGAAAGAUGAUUGGACUGAGUCUGCAAGUGAGUUGAGUAGUUGUAAUAGUGGUGAGUCUAAAGAGGGUAGUAAUAGUAGUAGUUCCAGUAGAUCAAGUUCAGGGAAUUUGGUUGACAAAGUUAAGGUUAAUAAGGCUAGAGUGUCAGGGUCAGGGUCUGCUUCAGCUUCACCUCCUUCUCUUUUGGGUUGGCCUAUAAGGAGAGCUAUUGCUACUACUACUACUACUCCUGCUACAGUGUCCAAAGAAUUCAGAUGUUUCUGA